CUGUCGCCAUGGCCGCCCUGCCCGCAGUACACGCCGACAACGAAUGGUCCCCUCUCCGCGCCAUCAUUGUGGGCCGAGCUGGAAAGUCAUGUUUUCCUAGCGCUUCGAAAAGAAUGGUUGAAGAGACCAUGCCCUCUGCACACGUCCACCGUUUCCAGACCAAAUCUCCUUUCUCCGAGGGCCUCAUCGCCAAAGCAGAAGUCGAGUUAGAUCAAUUUGCCGCUAUUCUGGAGAGCGAGGGCAUCAAGGUAUACCGGCCGCCUAAGGACAUCGACUGGCUGGCCGUAGACGGCUACACGGGUGCGAUGCCGCGCGAUGGACUGAUUAGCGUUGGAAAUACCCUGAUCGAAGCAUGUUUCGCAUGGAAAUGUCGCUCACGAGAAAUCGAGCUCGGCUUCGCGCCUAUUCUCGAUGACCUCGCGCAGGACCCCCAGGUACGCAUUGUGCGACGGCCCGCGCACACCUUCGCUGAUACCCUCGACAACAACGAAGGCAAAUGGGCAAUAAACAACAGCCGUCCCGCAUUCGACACAGCCGACUUUAUGCGCUUCGGCCACACCCUCAUCGGCCAGUACAGUCACGUCACCAACCAAGCGGGCGUAGACUACGUACGCCAACACCUACCACCAGGCUACCAAAUCGAGAUUCUCGAUUCCAACGACCCGCAGGCAAUGCACAUCGACGCAACCAUCCUCCCCCUCCGCGAGGGCCUGCUCAUCUACCACCCCCACAAAGUCACCGAGGAUACACUGCGGCAGCAUGCGGUUCUUGCGGACUGGGAUCUGCGUGCUUACCCGUUUAUUCCUGAAGAUAGGGAUGAGCCACCGUUGUAUAUGACUAGUUCGUGGUUGUGUCUGAAUGUGUUGGUGUUGGAUGGAAAAAAGGUGGUUGUUGAGGCCGGGGAUGAGCGGACGGCGGGGUGGUUUGAGGAGUUGGGAAUGGAGUGUAUUCGGUGUCCGUUCCAGCAUGUUAAUAGUAUUGGGGGGUCGUUUCAUUGUGCGACGGUUGAUCUUGUACGUGAGGCGUGAUUAUAGAUUACAUUUCUGGGCUGAGAAUUCGGCAUAUACCACGCAUUAAUAGAAAAGAGUGAGAUAUGGCA